AUGAAGUUACACAUUUGGAUAUCGUUAUAUUCUUUCCUCGCUUAUGAAAUUCACCAUGUCUCAUCGAUUACCUAUUCCUGUAACCGUGCAGCUGAAUGUGGUUGUUCAAAAAACAAUGCGGUUUUGACGAAAAUCGUCGGCGGCGAAUCAGCCGUUGAGUCAAGUUGGGCAUGGGCUGCAUCAUUACAAAAGCUAACUGCAGGACAUUUCUGUGGCGGUACAAUUAUUUCAGCGUCACAUAUUCUUACAGCUGCGCAUUGUGUGGAAGAUACUUCUGAUAUUGUUCGAAAUGUUAAGGUCUUUGUUGGUAUCGAUAAAUUAUCGAAUAUACAGGUUCCAACGGCUCAACAGCGGUCUAUUGUACGCGUCUUUUCUCAUCCUCAAUAUAAUCCGCAAACUCAUGCUAAUGAUAUCGCUAUUUUGCAAUUAGAUAAACCAUUGAGUAUCUCGAGUGCAAACGGUACUCCACGAGUAUGUUUACCAUAUGUUGCUCCAACAAGUAUGACUGGUGACUAUCCGUUCCUUCCAUCGACUCUAGUUGCAAUUGGAUGGGGCGUAUUAACAUCAGGCAGUUCAUCAAUAUAUUUUAAUCAACAUUUACAACAAGUCACAUUAGCUACGAUCGGUUCGGAUCAUCGUAUGUGCAGAAGUGUGAUUCAGAAUCGUCGACUUCAGUUCUGUGCUGGAGUUGUAGGCGGAGGAAAAGAUACAUGCCAAGGCGACUCAGGAGGACCACUGAUGCAUUUCGAUGACAAAGAACGUCGAUGGGUACUAGUUGGCGUAACUAGUUACGGAAUCCGAUGUGCUGAUCCAAAUUAUGCUGGUGUUUAUACGCGUGUAUCAGUUUACCGCGAUUGGAUUCGAUCCAUUGUUGGUAGCGGUUGUGCAGAAAUUCCAAUUAAUGGCACUGGUCGUGUGACAACAAACUCGGCACAAAACGUAUUAAUGCCUUAUUAUUCAUUAACAGUUUCAUUAUUUUCUUUCAUGUGCGCGAUCUUUUUUAAUAACAUUAAUAAAUGUUGA